ACAUAAAAAUUCAAAACAUGAAAAACUGCAUUCAUUGUUUACAAUUUCAUUUUCGCGAAUAGCAGAAAUAAUUAAGCUUUACCGUCUGCAAUAAUGGCGGUGUCUCAGCCCACCAGAUCAAGAGACCUCGAUAAGCUACUCCUCCGCCCAGGCCACCUCGUUGGCCCCAACUUUGAGCCUGGCCAAGAACUGAGGGAGGACAUAAAAGAGUAUGUGAAGGUGUUGGUGGUCGGGGCAGGUGGGCUGGGCUGCGAAUUGCUCAAGGACUUGGCUUUAACCGGCUUUCAGAACCUUGAUGUAAUCGAUAUGGAUCGGAUUGAGGUCACCAACCUUAAUCGUCAGUUCCUCUUUAGACUUGAAGAUGUAGGAAAGCCAAAGGCUGAAGUAGCUGCAAGACGAGUUAUGGAAAGAGUUAAUGGUGUAAAUAUUACACCUCAUUUCUGCCGCAUCGAAGACAAACCAUUGGACUUUUAUAGUGAUUUCAGCAUUAUUGUCCUUGGGCUUGAUUCUAUUGAGGCAAGGAGCUACAUAAAUGAAGUAGCCUGUGGAUUUCUAGAGUAUGAUUCUGAUGAUAAUCCUCGAGAAGAAACCGUCAAACCUAUGGUGGAUGGUGGAACUGAAGGAUUCAAGGGCCAUGCCAGGAUUAUAAUUCCAGGAACAACCCCAUGUUUCGAGUGUACCAUUUGGUUAUUCCCACCGCAAGUAAAAUUCCCUCUAUGUACUUUAGCAGAAACUCCAAGGAAUGCUGCUCAUUGUAUUGAAUAUGCCCAUUUAAUUAAAUGGAAUGAGGUCCAUGGUCUCAAAAGCUUCGAUCCAGAUAAUCCUGAAGACAUGCAAUGGGUUUAUUCAGAGGCUGUCCAGAGGGCUGAACUUUUUGGAAUUCCUGGAGUCACAUAUUCUUUGACUCAGGGUGUGGUGAAAAACAUAAUUCCUGCUAUAGCUUCUACGAAUGCUAUUAUCUCAGCUGCUUGUGCUUUGGAGACCUUGAAAAUUGUUUCUGGAUGCAGCAAGUCACUAUCUAAUUACUUAACGUAUAAUGGAGUCGAAGGUCUUCAUAUUAAAGUUACGGAGUUUGUGAAGGAUCCAGAUUGCCUUGUUUGUGGUCCUGGUGUUCUAAUCGAGAUGGAGAAGUCCAUUACUUUAAAAAAGUUCAUCGAUCAACUGGAAGAUCACCCUCAUCUUCUCCUGACUAGAGUGAGUGUCUCAUACAGGGGAGAAAAGUUAUACAUGCAGGCACCUCCUGCAUUAGAAAAGGAGACUCGAUCUAACCUGGAUAUUCCUUUAUUUGAUCUAAUGAAUGGAGUAUCCAGGGGUAUCGUUAAUGUUAAUGGAAUGGCAGGCAAGGGUGACAAGAAGCAGUCUUGUAUGAGGAAGUUACGCAUUGCCUUUAAGGGGGUUGAUGGGAUUGCGGAUAUUGAUAUGGCUGGUGGGGCAUAACCUCUGAGGCAUUCCACAUCUCAGGAGGUAUUUAAAUUGUUCAACCAGCUGCAUAGUAGCGUAGAUUUCCCUUUUUCAAUCUCAUAAUUCUGGCCAGCAUAUGGAGAAUUCAUGAAAAGCAGGAUGCUGAUCGCUUGGCAUCCUCUCAAAUUUCUUAUACUGUGAAUUUACAUCAAUGGAAAUUGGGAUUUUGCUUCAA